GGUAGUCACGCCUGUUAAUAAACCACGUGCGCCCUGCCUCCAAAGCCUUAAACUCUCACCUCUCUUCAUUUUAAAUCAUGUCUACUGCUCAAGGAAGUAACGAGGUUUUGGAGAGUGCUGGAGGUCUGGUAGACAAGUACCAGGUCUCAGAUCAACGCUUCUACGACCUCAGUGGCCUACUUAGAGUCACAUCGGACCGUCUUACAAAUGGAAGCGGACAGUCGGACGUCGAUUAUCCUUUUCUCUCGUCUCUGUUUCCAUCACUGGAUGGUAUGCCACUCAUCGGUGAUGUAGACCAUACUCCUUUACCAUCAGAACUGGUCCAGGAAUUUGAGAAUAUGCAGUGUAACUCUGAUAUGGGUCUGAUGCCUGUCAUCAAGAGAGCCUGGCUUACCAUUGACAGCACCAUAUACCUAUGGAACUAUGAAGAUGGUAAGGAUCUAGCAUAUUUUGAUGGUCUCAAGGAGGUGAUACUAGCCGUUGGACUCGUGGUACCUAAACUGGGAGUGUUCCAGGAACACAUACGAUACCUUCUCUGCUUGACCACGCCCACUGAGAUAGUGAUACUUGGAGUUAGUUUUAAUGAGACCUCUACUGAUCCUCAUAAUGAGCUCCACCUCCUUCCCGAGCCUCUCUUCUGUCUUCCAUCAGAUAACGUCAGUAUGGCUGCUGUACUGGGUACCUGUACUGGUAGGGUAUUCCUCGCUGGUAAAGAUGGCUGCCUUUAUGAAGUUGUCUAUCAAUCUAAAGAUGGCUGGUUCAAGAAGAGAUGCUAUAAAGUGAACCACUCCACAUCUUACCUCUCCUAUAUUGUACCCUCUUUCCUCUCAUUCUCUGAUGAAGACCCAUUGGUUCAACUAGUGGAGGAUAGCUCCCGCAAUAUUUUAUACACGAGAAGUCAAAACGGAACGAUUCAGGUGUAUGAUCUGAAUGUUGAUGGUAUGGGACUCUCUUACGUUGCCUCUAUGAGUCUUGAUACUAUUGUAAGGAAAUGCUGCAACACUAUGAGGAUUGCUGAUAAGACUCUUUUUAAUGGAAUCAUUCAUUUAUCACUGAUACCACUAGCUGAAUCAUUCACACUUCACCUACUGGCCAUAACUAAAUCUGGUGUUAGGCUUUAUUUCACUACGACUCCCCAAGGGAAGACCCAGCGUCCCUCCCUCCUCUCCCUCGUCCACGUCCGCCUCCCCCCUGGUUACUCCCCCUCUAACGCUGCCUCUAAACCCGGUCCCACAGUCCAUCAGGGCUUCUAUAGACGUGGGUGCCUCCUCUUGGCUAGUUCUCAAGCUGAAGACAGGGAUAUUAUAUGGUUGGUUGAUCCUGACUUGUAUCCGUUUCAGAAUAGUCUUGUGGAGGCUUUUGUGAAUUAUCCACUUAAUGGUAGGACGUGGUGUAUGGCUGAGUCCAUAGAACCAGGUGAACUGGAGGCUGUACAAUCACUAACAACACUACCACCAGCUGUAGUCACUCAACACACUCACCCACCUAGAAGAUUCAUACUACUAACUACUAAUGGUUCAUAUAUCAUAGCUAAGCCACGCCCAGUUGAUCAGUUACAGUACAUUUUAGAGCAAACGAGAUCAGGCCAAGGACAAGCUCUAGAAGAAUUCUUUCAUCUCCACGGUAACAUGCAGGCCUCCGCCAUGUGUCUCAUACUAGCCACAAGACCAAAUAAGGAGGUGGCUCACUGGGCGACUGAGGCUUAUUUCAAGCAUGGAGGAGAACCUCAUUUUAUUUUUCCAACGACUCUCGGACCUAACGGGGCGGGGCCUUCUCCGAAUCAGUUCCAGCAGCAACCCUCAUCGCCAUUUUCUAGUUUUGUUCAAGCCCCGCCUUCUUUGGGCGGGGCUCUCGGUCGUCCUGUGAUUGGUCCGGAGGUACAGUUGUCAGGGAAACACAACGGACUCAUUUUGUACUUGGCACGUCUUCUUCGUCCACUGUGGAAUGUGUCUGUUACCAUAGAAGAGAAAAAUGAAGGAUCCGGUGACGUAAAAGUAAUGAGUCACUAUGACAUUAUGGAGUUGGCUGUAUUAGGAGAGCAACUGAGAGAAUUAAAGGCAUUUCUUGAUAAUAAUAUUCAAUUUUUCACAGCAAAUGACAUCAGCAGUCAAAAACAUUCUUCUCCAGCUAAUAUUCAUCAAAGGAUGCUUUACUUCAUGAGACCUGAUGGAAUGCCAACAGAUAGCCCUGACAAUGUACAGCAAUCACUUCUGAAUAAGUUUAGAUGUAAGACUAGAAGUAUCUUUUGA